GAGUCAUUGCGCGCGCCAGAGGCCACUCGCUCUAUUUAUCCAACAAGUGCCCGUCCGUUUCUCUCGUUCUCUCUCUCUCUCUCUUUCUGGGACCGUUCAACGAUUUGUCUUUGCCUUUGAAAUGUCAAUUACGCAUGCUAGUUACUACAUUAAAACGACAGCGAAGCGGAGGAACGUGUAGACAUAAUCCUUCAAUGUUUAGUGACCAGACGCGACAACUUUUAGGGAAUAAUUGAAAAUGGCAAUGUGCUUGCUAAAACGUUUGCGGCGUCCUGGUCGUUAGUGUCAGCAGUUGUCUUUUUUCCCCUCUGUUUUUAAUUUAAUUUUUAUUUUUUAGUUGAAUUUUAGUUCAAUUGCUUUAGUUUACAUACAACCACUAAUCACAACUAAGAGAUUCGGUAAGGAGGUGUUGGCGAAGAGAGUUUUGACAGGAAAGUAAUGGAAGAUGAUGAGCCCGCAUCGCCGGACCCGAACCACGACACCACUCAGAGUAAAAGAGGAAAUCCAGUGCAUAAGAAAUCCCAUCUAAAGAAAGACAGCAGUUCACACAUGCUGUGAAGAUGAUGCGAGCUCAGAUUGAGGUGAUCCCAUGCAAGAUCUGUGGAGAUAAGUCAUCAGGGGUUCAUUAUGGAGUCAUCACUUGUGAGGGCUGCAAGGGCUUCUUCCGCAGAAGUCAGUCCUCCAGUGUGCAGUACUCGUGCUCCAGACAGAGCAACUGCCCCAUUGAUCGCGCCAGCCGCAACCGCUGCCAGAGCUGCCGCCUCAAAAAAUGUGUCGCUCAAGGAAUGAGCCGCGACGCGGUGAAGUUUGGUCGUAUGUCAAAGCGCCAGAGAGACUCUCUGUUUGCAGAAGUCGAGAGACAUCGGCAGCAGCAGCGUCUUCAGGCCAACUCAGUCCAAGAGCCCCAGCCUCUCCCAGCCUACCGAUCCAGCAAAGAGCCCAGAGAACAGUCACCACAUCUCAUCCCACCUCUACCUCCAGCUUACCCUUACUCUGUAGAGCCUGACCUGCAAGGCUGCCCCCCAGAGGUGCAUCCAUACCUGGAGUGUCGCAUAGGCGAGGCCCAGGCUCAGAGUCUGGCCUACAGGAGCUCCCACAGAAGAGGGGACAGCAACAGCUUGCCAGCUGGGAGAGGAUUUGACUCCACUGGGUCUACACCAGAGGCUAUUCUGAACAUGAGCGGCAGUGAAAUGGGCUUUCGUCCUUUUGACCCCGAGAGCUUGUUCUUUUCUUACCAGACGUCUCUCCACAUAGAGGAGCUCUCUGCAAGUAUCGUACGUUCGCACAGAGAGACAACUCAGUAUCGGCCGGAAGAGCUCCAGGCUCUCAGAUGGAAGGUUUUUAGCAGAGAGGAGAUCCACGCUUACCAGAGCAAAUCGGUGGAUGAGAUGUGGCAGCACUGUGCGGUGCGGCUGACCGAUGCUGUUCAGUACGUGGUGGAGUUUGCUAAACGCAUCCCAGGAUUCCGUCAGCUUGGUCAGAACGAUCAGAUUGCUCUCCUCAAGAGUGGGUCCAUGGAAGUGGUCCUGGUUCGGAUGAGUCGGAUGUUUAACACAGAAAACAACACAGUAUUCUUUGACGGCAAAUUUGCAGGAACAGAACUUUUCAAAUCCCUCGCAUGCGGUGAUCUAAUAGCGGCUCUAUUUGAGUUUGCUCACAAUCUGUGUGCGCUGAGACUGACUGAACAGCAGAUGGCCGUGUUCACGGCGCUGGUCCUCCUCAAUGCAGAUCGACCGUGUCUGGAAGACAGAGAACGAGUGCAGAGAGUCAGAAGAGAUGUGGAGCUUGCCCUUAGUCACAUUCUGCACAGAGACAAUCAAGAGAGUCUACUGCAUAAGCUGUAUCAAAGAGUCCCAGUGCUGAAGUCUCUGUGUGCGCUGCAUAUUGAGAAACUGCGAUGGUUCCGGCAGCUUUACCCUCUCACAGUGCAUUCCCACUUCCCUCCGCUAUACAAAGAGCUGUUUGGCUCUGACUCAGAUAUACUGACACUGACUACUCACUGAACACACACACACAUUUCAUUUGCAGAUGCAGAAAUGAAAUGACAUCGCACACAUCGCACCCGCAGUUACAUAUAGUGUAAGCAGUCUAAAUCUAAAUAAGAAGUUAAAUAUAUUUUUGUAAAUCUCAGAAGAUCAGAAAAUAAUAUUAACAGAAGUAUGCAGUAUUUUGUGCAAAUUCUAUUCUGUAGGCAAAAAAGCUAAAUAUUACUACAAAUGCUAUUCAGUAUUCCUAAACUUGGUUUUGUCCGAGGAUGUGUUUUAAUGUUUUUGAAGUUUUCCGUGAUCUUAGCUGGUAUCAUCAUCAUCUAGUGAUUUAUAGAGCCGGAUCGGUUUUGAUACAAAUAAUGGUAUUUGCAGAUCUCAAAGCAUCUUUGAAAAAGGAACUGGUAUUUUAAAACCAGCAUCAUCAGUUAGCAACUGUGGAUUUUCAAGCUUUAUUUACAACAUUAGAGUCCCCUUCUGUCCUCCCUCUUGACUUCUCAGGCGGUACAGAGACGUGACUGCUUAAUAAAUCUUGCUACUUAUAGCCAGUUACAUUAUUGCAUUAAUUUAAGUUUGAUUAUCUAUUUUGUGUCAGCGUUUAUUUUUGUUCUCCCCUCCCGUUAAAGCUUGUCUUGGCACUUAUAAUGCUUUUCUUUCACACGGAUUUGAAAAGAACCUGUUGCUUCAUGACGGAUUGUGUUCUUGAAAUCACCAUUCCCUUCAAACAGACCAUCUUAAGAUGUGUUUUUGGAUUUUCUCUGUUUAUUCAAAUAAUUACCAAACUUUCUCAAGGUUCUAAAAUAUUAUACAAUACUUCUAUAAAAUAAAAAUAAAAUGCUCUUAUUCAAUAUGCUUGUGUAGACCCUUAGAUUGACAACAAUUCUAUUUUGUCUUAAUUGCACAGCUGAAUUUGUGGAAAGCUAUAAAGAGAUGUCCGUAUGUUUAUUUGAAGGAGGAUGUGUGCUUUAUAAAUCCAUGUUUAACAAAAGUCUCUGUGCAUUUUCCGUAAAAGUGCUAGUUUUUAUUUUUUUUUAAUUUUUGGCACAGUUUCUGUUCCAUGUUGUAUUUUGUGUCAGCUUUAACUUAUAACUCACACAGUUCAUGAAACCCUGUUAUUGUUUCAGUUUUGGAGCAUAAACACUUGUUUGCUAUCUGUUGUGUUGCUUUGCAGAAAAGGCCUCAAAUAAACUUCUGAAAAGUCUAAA